AGCGCAGGGCGAGGCCGGGGCGGGGUCUCUGGCAGCAGUUUCCCGAGGACCCCGAGAGGAGCGGCCGCCGCGAGUGACUGCACCGAGCCCGAGGAGCCGCCGCGCCUCGCUGCCGCCCCGUCCGGUCCCCCGCCUUGCCCGUGGGUUCCGCAGGGAUGGGGAACUGCCGGGGCCUGGGCCAGCCGCGGGCCGGUCUCUGCCUGCUCCUGGCCGCGCUGCAGCUUCUGUCCGGGACGCAGGCCGAUCCGGUGGAUGUGCUGAAGGCCAUGGGUGUGCGGGGAGGCCAGGCUGGGGUCCCUGAGGGGCCUGGCUUCUGUCCUCAGAGGACCCCAGAGGGUGACCGGGCAUUCAGAGUGGGCCAGGCCAGCACACUUGGCAUCCCCACGUGGGAACUCUUUCCAGAUGGCCACUUUCCUGAGAACUUCUCCCUGCUGAUCACCUUGCGGGGCCAGCCAGCCAAUCAGUCUGUCCUGCUGUCCAUUUAUGAUGAAACGGGUGCCCGGCAGUUGGGCCUGGCACUGGGGCCAGCCCUGGAUCUCCUAGGUGGCCCCUUCCGCCCCCUCCCCCAGCAGGUCAACCUCACAGAUGGCAGGUGGCACCGUGUGGCGGUCAGCAUAGAUGGUGGGAUGGUGACCCUGGUCGCUGACUGUGAAGCUCAGCCCCCUGUCUUGGGCCAUGGCCCUCGAUUUAUCAGCAUAGCUGGACUCACUAUGCUGGGGACCCAGGACCUUGGGGAGAAGACUUUUGAGGGAGACAUUCAGGAGCUGCUGAUAAGUCCAGAUCCUCAGGCUGCCUUCCAGGCUUGUGAGCGGUACCUCCCCGGCUGUGACAGCCUGGUGCCGGCAGCCACAGAGGCUCCCCAGGGUGAACCAGAAACCCCUCGUCCUCGGCGGAAGGGGAAGGGAAAAGGGAGGAAGAAAGGGCGAGGCCGCAAGGGGAAGGGCAGGAAAAAGAAGAACAAGGAAAUUUUGACCUCAAGUCCACUGCCUGACUCCAUGGAGAACCAGACCUCCACUGACAUCCCCAAGACAGAGACUCCAGCUCCAAAUGUGCCUCCGACCCCCAUGCCUUUGGUCAUCACCUCCACUGUGACUACUGGCCUCAAUGCCACCAUCCUAGAGGGGAGCUUGGACCCUGACAGUGGAACCGAGCUGGGGACCCCAGAGACCGAGGCAACCAGGGAGGAUGAAGAAGGAGGUGAUUCCGCCAUGGGCCCUGACUUCCGCGCAGCAGAACAGCCAUCUCAGACUCAGUUCCAGAUCUUUCCUGGUGCUGGACAGAAAGGAGCAAAAGGAGAGCCGGCAGUGAUUGAACAGGGGCAGCAGUUUGAGGGACCUCCAGGAGCCCCAGGACCCCAAGGGGUGGUUGGCCCCUCAGGCCCUCCCGGCCCCCCAGGAUUCCCUGGGGACCCUGGUCUACCGGGCCCUGCUGGCCUCCCAGGAAUCCCCGGCAUUGACGGGAUCCGGGGCCCACCGGGCACAGUGAUCAUGAUGCCGUUCCAGUUUGCAGGCGGCUCCUUUAAAGGACCCCCAGUCUCCUUCCAGCAGGCCCAGGCUCAGGCAGUUCUGCAGCAGACCCAGCUUUCUAUGAAAGGCCCCCCUGGUCCAGUGGGGCUCACCGGGCGCCCAGGCCCCGUGGGUCUCCCCGGACAUCCAGGUCUAAAAGGAGAGGCGGGAGUGGCAGGGCCACAGGGUCCCCGAGGCCUACAGGGACCUCAUGGACCCCCUGGCCGAGUGGGCAAGAUGGGCCGCCCUGGAGCAGACGGGGCUCGGGGCCUCCCAGGGGACACUGGACCUAAGGGUGAUCGUGGCUUCGAUGGCCUCCCAGGGCUGCCUGGUGAGAAGGGCCAAAGGGGUGACUUUGGCCAUGUGGGACAACCUGGUCCCCCAGGAGAGGAUGGUGAGAGGGGACCAGAGGGACCUCCAGGGCCCACUGGCCAGGCUGGGGAGCCGGGUCCCCGAGGACUGAUUGGCCCCAGAGGCUCCCCUGGUGUUGUGGGUCACCCAGGUGUAACUGGAAUUGACGGUGCUCCUGGUGCCAAAGGCAAUGUGGGUCCUCCAGGAGAACCAGGCCCUCCAGGACAACAGGGAAACCAUGGGUCCCAGGGAAUCCCCGGCCCCCAGGGACUCAUCGGCACUCCUGGGGAGAAGGUGAGUGACAGCUCCCCCUACCAUAACCUCCUCAAGUCUCCUUCCUUCAACUCUGUUGCCAGGGAAAUCUUCCCAUCAGGGCUCCUCUGGCAGAGGCUUGAGACCUUUUUUUUUUUUCAGGGCACUUCAGGGAACCGGGGCCUCCAGGGGGAGAAAGGCGAGAAGGGAGAGGACGGCUUCCCGGGCUUCAAGGGUGAUGUGGGGCUCAAAGGUGAUCGGGGGAAGCCUGGAGCCCCAGGUCCCCGGGGAGAGGAUGGUCCCGAGGGGCCAAAGGGGCAAGAGGGGCUGGCUGGCGAGGAGGGGCCCCCAGGCUCAGCUGGGGAGAAGGGCAAGCUUGGGGUGCCAGGCCUCCCAGGUUAUCCAGGACGUCCUGGGUCUAAGGGAUCCAUUGGAUUUCCCGGGCCCCUGGGACCCAUAGGAGAGAAAGGGAAGUCGGGAAAGGCAGGACAGCCAGGGCUGGAAGGAGAGCGGGGACCACCAGGCUCCCGUGGAGAGAGGGGGCAACCAGGUGCCACAGGGCAACCAGGCCCCAAGGGCGAUGUGGGCCAGGACGGGGCCCCUGGGAUCCCUGGAGAAAAGGGCCUCCCUGGUCUGCAAGGCCCUCCAGGAUUCCCCGGGCCAAAGGGCCCCCCUGGUCACCAAGGUAAAGAUGGACGACCAGGGCACCCUGGACAGAGAGGAGAAUUGGGCUUCCAAGGUCAGACAGGCCCGCCUGGACCAGCUGGUGUCUUGGGCCCUCAGGGAAAGACAGGAGAAGUGGGACCUCUGGGUGAAAGGGGGCCUCCGGGUCCCCCUGGACCUCCUGGUGAACAAGGUCUUCCUGGCCUGGAAGGCAAAGAGGGAGCCAAGGGGGAACUGGGACCACCAGGACCCCUUGGGAAGGAAGGGCCAGCUGGACCCAGGGGCUUUCCUGGCCCCAAGGGGGCCCCUGGGGACCCGGGACCUACUGGUUUGAAGGGUGACAAGGGACCCCCAGGGCCCGUCGGGGCCAAUGGCUCCCCUGGUGAGCGGGGUCCUCUGGGCCCAGCAGGAGGCAUUGGACUUCCUGGCCAAAGUGGCAACCAAGGCCCCGUUGGGCCUGCAGGCGAGAAGGGGUCCCCAGGAGAACGUGGCCCCCCUGGCCCCACUGGCAAAGAUGGGAUCCCAGGGCCCCUAGGGCCUCUGGGACCCCCUGGAGCUGCUGGGCCUUCUGGCGAGGAAGGGGACAAGGGGGACGUCGGCGCCCCUGGUCACAAGGGGAUCAAAGGCGAUAAAGGAGAUGCGGGCCCACCUGGACCAGCAGGGAUACGGGGUCCUGCAGGACAUCCAGGUCUCCCAGGAGCAGACGGGGCUCAGGGGCGCCGGGGACCCCCAGGCCUCUUUGGGCAGAAAGGAGAUGAUGGAGUCAGAGGCUUUGUGGGGGUGAUUGGCCCUCCUGGAUUGCAGGGGCUACCAGGCCCUCCUGGAGAAAAAGGGGAGGUUGGAGACGUUGGGUCCAUGGGUCCCCAUGGAGCUCCAGGUCCUCGGGGACCCCAAGGCCCCAGUGGAUCAGAGGGCAUUCCAGGGCUGCCUGGAGGAGUUGGUCAGCCAGGCGCCGUGGGUGAGAAGGGUGAGCCAGGGGAGGCUGGAGACCCAGGGCCUCCAGGAGCCCCAGGCAUCCCGGGGCCCAAAGGAGACAUUGGUGAAAAGGGGGACUCAGGCCCAUCUGGAGCUGCUGGACCCCCAGGCAAGAAAGGUCCCCCUGGAGAGGAUGGAGCCAAAGGGAACAUGGGCCCCACAGGGCUCCCUGGAGAUCUAGGGCCCCCAGGAGACCCUGGAGUUUCAGGCAUAGACGGUUCCCCAGGGGAGAAGGGAGACCCUGGUGACGUUGGGGGGCCGGGCCCGCCUGGAGCUUCUGGGGAACCCGGCGCCCCUGGGCCCCCCGGCAAGAGGGGUCCUUCAGGCCGCAUGGGUCGAGAAGGCAGAGAAGGGGAGAAAGGUGCCAAGGGAGAGCCAGGUCCUGACGGGCCCCCAGGGAGGACAGGUCCAAUGGGGGCUCGAGGGCCUCCUGGACGUGUGGGACCCGAAGGUCUUCGAGGGAUCCCCGGCCCUGUGGGUGAACCAGGCCUCCUGGGAUCGCCUGGACGGAUGGGCCCUCCCGGCCCCCUGGGGCCCUCUGGCCUCCCAGGGCUGAAGGGAGAUGCUGGCCCCAAGGGGGAAAAGGGCCACAUUGGAUUGAUUGGUCUCAUUGGCCCCUCGGGGGAAGCUGGUGAGAAAGGAGAUCAGGGGUUGCCAGGUGUGCAGGGACCUCCUGGCCCCAAGGGAGACCCUGGUCCCCCUGGUCCCAUCGGCUCUCUGGGCCACCCUGGGCCCCCAGGCAUGGUGGGCCCUCUGGGACAGAAAGGCUCAAAGGGGUCUCCGGGUUCCAUGGGCCCCCGUGGAGACACCGGACCUGCAGGCCCCCCAGGUCCCCCCGGUCCCCCUGCCGAGCUGCACGGGCUGCGCAGGCGCCGGCGCUCGGUCCCAGCCCCGCUCCCAUUCGUGGAGGGCGGCCUGGAGGAGGUGCUGGCCUCGCUCACGUCGCUGAGCUUGGAGUUGGAGCAGCUGCAGCGUCCUCCCGGCACCGCGGAGCGCCCGGGCCUCGUGUGCCACGAGCUGCACCGCAACCACCCGCACCUGCCUGAUGGGGAAUACUGGAUUGACCCCAACCAGGGCUGCGCGCGGGACUCGUUCAGGGUUUUUUGCAACUUCACGGCGGGAGGAGAGACCUGCCUCUAUCCCGACAAGAAGUUUGAGAUCGUGAAAUUGGCCUCCUGGUCCAAGGAAAAGCCUGGAGGCUGGUAUAGCACAUUCCGUCGAGGGAAGAAGUUCUCUUACGUGGAUGCCGACGGGUCCCCAGUGAAUGUCGUGCAGCUAAAUUUCCUGAAACUGCUGAGUGCCACAGCUCGCCAGAGCUUCACCUACUCCUGCCAGAAUGCGGCUGCCUGGCUGGACCAAGCCACAGGUGACCACAGCCGCUCCGCCCGCUUCCUUGGCACCAAUGGAGAGGAGCUGUCCUUCAACCAGACGACAGCAGCCACCGUCAGCGUCCCCCAGGACGGCUGCCGGCUCCGGAAAGGACAGACAAAGACCAUUUUCGAAUUCAGCUCUUCUCGAGCGGGAUUUCUGCCCCUGUGGGAUGUGGCGGCCACUGACUUUGGCCAGAUGAACCAGAAGUUUGGGUUUGAACUGGGCCCUGUCUGCUUCAGCAGCUGAGAGUGUUUGGGGUGGGAGGGACCAUGAAGGAGCCCCAAAAUGGGGUGCAUUUGGUGCUGAGGCUUUGAAGCCACCCUAUUUAUCGUUACCUGUGACUCUGGAGCCAAUGGGAUGUGACUUCGCUCAUCACGGUCAGUCAUUCCUUCUCCUUUCCAGGGCACUGGUGGCUGGGUUUCCCUGGCCCAAAGGUCCAGCCUCCUCCCACCCCAUUUCAGGUGGCAAACUGCAGCCUGGCUCUUUCUUCCCUCCCUUCCCACCCAAGCCUCCACCCCCGCCCCUUGAACUCCCAUGCAAUAAGCUUCUAACUCAGAGCUGAUGAACGAAUGCCUCCCCCACUCCCCAAUGCCUGCCUCCUCACUCCUCUGUCACUGCCUUUCACACCUUUUGGUGCUACCCCUCCCCAGAGUUAAGCACUGGAUGUCUCCUGAUCCCAGGCUGGGACCCCCCCCCCACCCUCUUUGAUCCUUUCUACUUCCAUGGUGAAAGGACCGAAGUCAGGCUACAGAGGGAAGCGGGGCUUCCCUUGACUGAGCUGUGUGUUUCUUCUCCUGCCUCAGCCCAGCUCUGCAAAGCCCCUCCCCGUUCUCCCCACCUCCCCAGGCUCACCUUGCCAUGCCAGGUGGUUUGGGGACCAAGAUGGUUGGGGAGUGAAUCAGGAUCCUAAUGGUGCUGCCCUAUUUAUACCUGGGUCUGUAUUAAAAGGGAAAAUACCCCUGUUGUAGAUUUCAUCUGCUUCCUCCUUAGGGAAGGCUGGGAUAUGAUGAGAGAUUCCAGCCCAAGCCCGGCCUCCCGUCCCCAGGCCAUAGGGCAUAAUUUGCCUCUCAAAUCUGAGAAUAAACUGAUGAACUGUG